UUGCGUCACUUCCGCUUCCUGUCCGGCAGGGCGGGUAAUUCGUACGUUUUCUGGGGCCGACGGUCCUCCCGGUUGGCGCGAGCCGGGGACGGCAGCGGCUUCGAGGGUCGAGACCGAGAGUAGCCAUGUCUGAGAGGCGGACGCGGUCCGGAGGGGCCGCUCGACGCUCGGGGCCCAGGGCCCCCUCUCUGACCAAGGGCCUGCAGCGGCCCCAGCGGAAGUCAGGCUCUGAUCUCCCGAGCAUCCUCCCCGAGGUCUGGCGGAAGGCUCCCCACGUCGCUUCGGCCAGAAAGCCCAUCGUGUUGAAGAAGAUCGUGGCGCAUGCCGUGGAGAUCCCCGCCGUCCAGUCGCCUCGCAGGAGCCCGCGGAUUGCUUUUUUCUUGGAGAAAGAAAACAACCCCCCCAAGAGGGAGCCGGCCAGGGAGGAGCUCUUCAAGUCCUGCAGUGUCCCCAGCACGCCGGCCACCACUCCUGUGCUGUGCUCCCUAAACACCACGUCCAACGCCAAGGAGGGAGAGCUGGAUGCCAGGGACUUGGAGAUGUCGCAGAAAGUGAGGCGGUCCUACAGCCGCCUGGACACCCUGGGCUCCCUCUCCACCUCCACCCCGGGCCGCCGCUCCUGCUUUGGCUUUGAGGGGGCAGAAGACUUGUCCAGAGUCUCGCCUGUGGUGGGUUCAAAGCCAGUCGAGGCCUCCAGGGUGCCCGCGAAGCCUUGGGCCCUGGAUACAGCUCUCCCAGGAAUCUCCCCCCUCGUUGUGAAAGAGAAGCGGAAGAAGAAGAAGGUGCCGCAGAUCCUGAAAUCGGAGCUGGAUGAGUGGGCCGCGGCCAUGAAUGCCGAGUUCGAAGCUGCUGAGCAGUUCGAUCUUGUGGUUGAAUGAAAUUGAGUGGGUGCACCUGGCCGGACUCCCCGCGCUCCUUGUACAUAACCCCUCGCUGUGCGGAAGACACUCGGGCUGCCUGGCCUGGCUGCUCGCUGCACCCCAUCUCAUCGUCCUGCUCCCCAGGGCGCGGGUGUGAGAGGACCCCUGGGCUCGUGGUGGGGAGCGGCCUCUCCCAGGCUGCCCCUUCCGGGUGACCUGUUGGCCUGCUUCCGGCCACAAGCCUGCCUGUGUGGAGACUUGGUUUGGGGUAGCUCCUCUUAGAUCCUGUAGAUGGUCCCCGAGAGAACUGAUGGGUGGGGGCAGCUCUACGCUUGAGGAAGAAGCUGGACGCUCAGCCUGCUGUAGCUUCCGCGGUGUGGAGGAGGAUGGCUCCUCCGGGUCUCGGCCUCGGAGCUGCGUGGCCUAGCUGUGUUUUCUGUGUUCUACUGUUGAGACGUUUGGAAAAUGCCGGGUUGAAGGAGUGCCGGCUGCUUGGGGCAAGAAGGGUGUGUGUCGGGGCCUGGCCACCGGCGGCUGCGGCUCCUGCUGCCGGGGAACCGGGCUGCCACUGUGCAGGGCCAGCCUGGGCCCCGACUUCCUGCUGGGAGGGGCCUCGGUGGCCCACACCUGUUUCCUACAAGGUCAGCUGCGCAGUCCCCUGGGCCCAGGGGUUCUCGGAAGCAUUUCUUGUUUGCCAAAAGGCGCCAGGGGUUGAGAGCGGUUUGAAGGCUUAUCUUCCUCCUCCUCGCACCUGCGGACACGGCCAAGAGUCGGGCCAGCAGUAGAAGCGGCGAGGGGCGUCUCGCUGCAGAAUUUCCCCACCUUUGCCCUUCUCAACGCUGCUAAAAGGUGUUUUCACAAGCAACCCUACCUACCACUAGGCCACAGCGCCCGUACCCUAGGCCACUGCACCUGUUGAUGUUUUCAGGUUGGUGGAGGUGGGAGGUGGGCACGUGGUUGGGGUGCUCGGAGCCGUGCAGGCCUGGGGGGCACGGGCGUCCCAGGCCUCUGCCAGUGCUUCGUGCUCCGUCAGGCCCUGCGCACCGGCCCCUUGCAGAACCCUGGACCUCGCCGGCUGGCAGGGCCCAGCUGCUGGUGGCGGCGUGGCCUGGAGACCCCGGAGCAGUGGAGGCGAUAUUCCCAGCCCUGCAAGCUUCUCUCUGUCCCCGAGGAACUCAGUGUGGUGGUAGAGGAGAAACUGGGGUUUUGUUUUAGGAUGAAUCUGAUUAAAGAGUUUCUGCCUGCUCACAGCCUGUUUCUUUUACUGGGUCAAAGGUGGCGCCAAGCGUGCAAGGGACAGGAUGCUGGCCUCCCUGCAGCUGCCCCGUCCUCCAUCCCCUGCAGGGCAGGGCCUGGAGCGAUGGCCUCUGGGCGAGCCCAGCCCCUCCUGCACAGGUCGGUUCCCUGGAAGUCAGCAGAGCAGUCUCUGGGUGCAUCUACCGCAUGGGAGGGGCGCGGCUGCCGCCCAGUGGGUUGUCUGCAGGUCCCAGCUCCCCCCCCCGGGGGCCUGACGCUCACUCUGCUUCCGCAGCCAAGACGUGGGCCUGUCCUGAGCUCAUGGACUCUUUUAAGAUUUCUUUUUUUUUGGCCGGUGCCGUGGCUCACUAGGCUAAUCCUCCGCCUUG